AAUAGCUGGUUUCUAUCUGGUCUAACCUGGCCAUUAGCGGAUCCAAGUUGGUUAUUAACUGAAUAAAGCUGAUAGACCAUCUUGGACCAGCAACAAACCAGCUAUCACAUGAUCAUAAAGUGGUCUAGCUGGUUUCUGAAACAUGAUAACUGGUUUCUAACAAGUCUGAGCUGGUCAUUAGGUGGUGCAAGCUGGAAGACCAUGUUGGAUCAGCAACAAGGUUUGGGAGGGAGAUCUCCUCUUAUGUCAUGCAUGAUGAGUGUGGAUGUGAAGAAACUGAAAGUGAAUGAGCUGAAAGAGGAGUUGCAGAAGCGUGGACUGGACACCCGAGGCCUCAAAGUGGAUCUGAUUGAGCGGCUGCAGGCGGCUCUGGAGGCUGAAAAGGAACCCACCUGCAAUGAUGAGACAGAAGCAGGUGUUGCAGAGGCUGGGAAUGAUGAGUUUUCUGACCAAGGGCAGAUGGCUGGUGAGAAAGAGGGCUCUGAUAUACACCCCAGUGUUUCUGAAGUCCCUAAAGAUGAAAAUAAACCAGAGACUGUGAAUGUACAACAGGCAAUCAUUGAGACAAUCUCCAAGGAGGAGCCAUGUUAUUGUUUCACAGAACAUGAAGUGGCACCAGUAAAGGUGAAAAAUGAGAAUGAGAUAAAGACGGAGCAACAAGAACAGCAGCGUUCUGACCCCGGCAGUGAAUGGGAAGAUCAAGAGAGCCAACAGAAUGCAGAAAGCAAGACUGAACAAGACGCACAUGCACAUUAUGGCCACAAGAGGCACUAUGAUGAAAGCCACGGUUACAGCUAUUAUGAACACCGUGAAGACAGGAGGUCCCACUCAACUCUGCCUCCUGCUGAAGAGGAUGAGGAAGACUUUGAUGGCACACUAGUGGUCAUUGAUGCUUAUAACUGCGACUUGCACUUCAAAGUCUCUCGAGACCGUUGCAGCGGCUAUCCUUUAACCAUCGAGGGGUUUGCUUACCUAUGGUCUGGAGCACGAGCAACAUAUGGUGUAAAUAAGGGACACGUGUGCUAUGAGCUGAAGGUUCUGGAAUAUCUACCAGUGAAGCAUCUUCCCAGCAGUGAGCCUGACCCUCAUGUCGUGAGAGUCGGGUGGUCUCUGGAUUCCUGCAGCACACAGCUUGGAGAGGAGGCAGUCUCUUAUGGGUAUGGCGGAACAGGGAAAAAGUCUACCUGUUGCAAAUUUGAAGAUUACGGAGAGAAAUUUGGUGAAAGUGAUGUCAUUGGAUGUUAUAUUGACUUUGACAGUCAUGAGCAGGUGGAAAUGGCUUUCUCAAAGAACGGGAAGUGGCUUGAUGUGGCAUUUCACGUAUCUAAAGAAGAACUGGCUGGUCGUGCACUGUAUCCUCACAUCCUGGUGAAGAACUGCUCUGUUGGGUUUAACUUCGGGCAACGAGCGGAUCCGUUCUUUCCUUUGCAAGAUGGUUACACAUUCAUCGGGGCUGUCAACAUAGAGAACAGGGUCAGAGGAACUGUUGGUCCCACCAACAAAUCUGAUUGUGAGGUCCUGAUGAUGGUUGGUCUUCCUGCUUGCGGUAAAACCACAUGGGCCACUAAGCAUGCAAAGAUGAACCCAGAGAAGAAGUACAACAUCCUGGGCACAAACGCCAUCAUGGAGAAAAUGAAGAUGAUGGGAUUGCGUCGCCAGCGAAACUAUGCUGGGCGCUGGGACAUCCUGAUUCAGCAGGCCACUCAGUGCCUGAACCGACUGAUCCAGAUUGCUGCCCGCAAAAGACGGAACUACAUUUUGGAUCAGACAAAUGUAUAUGGAUCAGCCCAGAGACGAAAAAUGCAUCCUUUUGAAGGGUUUCAUCGCAAGGCUAUUGUAAUUUGUCCCACGGACGAGGAUUUAAAAGAGCGAACGUUUAAGCAAACUCAUGAGGAAGGGAAGGAUGUGCCCGAUCAUGCUGUUUUAGAAAUGAAAGCCAACUUUGUGCUGCCAGAGGUUGGAGACUUCCUGGAUGAAGUGACCUACGUUGCGCUGCAAAGAGAAGAGGCUGAUGAGCUGGUCGAACGGUACAAUGAGGAGGGCCGGAAGGCUGGGCCUCCGCCUGAGAAACGCUUCGAUAACUGGGGACACCGUAGACGUGAAAGCGGCUACCAGCGGUACGACAACCACGGAGGGUUGAGAGGAGGUGAUCAGGUUAUAACCGUGAUGGCUACAAUCCGAACCGCUGGGGAGGGAAUCACAAAGACCGUCGAGAUGGAUACAGCAGCAACCAUCAGUCUGGAGGAAGCUACACUAACAACCCCUAUGGCUCCUAUAACAAAGAGGGAUAUAGCAGAAGCUACAAUCAGGGUUAUAAUCAAGGCUACAACCAGGAUAACUAUAGCCAAGGAAACUACAACCAAGGCUGCUAUGGCAGCUACAACCAAUACCCAGAUUAUGGGCAAGGUUACCAUGACAAUCAAGGAUCUGGACAAUCGUAUAACCAACAGAACUACAAUCAGCAGUAUCAACAGUAUGCGCAGCAGUGGCAGCAGUAUUAUCAGAAUCAGAGCCAGUGGAACCAGUACUACGCUCAAUAUGGGAAUUACUCUGAACAGCAGGGCAGCCAGAGCUCACACGGCUCACAGUAAUCAGGAAGCACCUCCGUAAUCACACACACACGCCACGCUUCUCUACUUACAAUACAUCCUUCCCCUUUAACUACCAUCAUUUCAUUUAUUUUCUCUUUUGUACAUCUUGUUAAACCAGUUGCACAUUUUUCCAAAACAUAGUAAGCUGACUGUUAUAAGUUAAUGAUUGUUUUGAGCUAAAAGACUCCGUAUAAACUUUACUGAUAUGAUUAUACUAGUUAGUACCACCAAACCCCUGAGUUUGAAAUAAGAGCAGAGAUAUGACUGAUGUCUAGUAUAUGUGAAAGAUAUUUUUAUUGCGAGGUGCUUCUUGUUGUAGUACCACAAACAGCCUGCAGGUGUAAAAACUGAGAUGUUUCCUCAACACUGAUUGUUUUUUUUUGCCAAAAACAAGUUUUGUUUUGCCUAAAUUCCAUUUAAUUUGGAAUGUAGAUGCUUUUCAUAUCAACUAUCAUGAGCCUUAAUUUAACACGUUAAGACGUGACCGUAAAAAGCAUGUUUUUUUGUUUAAAUUGUAGUUGUUUAGUUUGAUAUACUCGUUGCCAUCGCAACCACACAAGAUGAGAAGAUGAAGAAUGUUGUGUUGAGAACUAAAAAGUUUUAUUCUUCCUGAUAAUCCAAAAUGCUAGCUGAUUUUAAGAGUGUCGAUGAUCAUCAUGGCUGAGAAUGUACUGCAUUUUUCUCUGAAAUGUUUAGUUCUUGAUGUUCUUUGUGGAUGUUAUUUGUUCUGUCCUGUCCAGUCCAGUUUUGCUUUGAGAAUUAAAUUAUAGAACACCACCGUGACUCUGAUGAUGAUUUAAGAUACAAACAUGAUGUACAAUAGUGUUGUUAUAUAUAGCCGGACUCAUGAAAUGAAUGAAGCAUCUCAAUCACUUUUUAAUUUAUAUUUUAAUCACAUCAGGCAGUGCUUUAUGGAAAAUACGUAAGCUUUAUCAUUCCUCAAUAAAUAAAAAUCUAUAGCCUAAACUCAAGAUUUAGUAAAACAGACAUUCAAGUUGGAGAUGA